AUGGCCACACCCCUCUCUCCAGUCAUUGACUGUACCGACUUUGUGGCAGCAGAAGGCCGUUAUGAGCUCCUCCAGGACAUGUAUCUGGAGCAGGUCCUACCCCACCCAGUGAUCCCCACCCACGUCUCGUCUGUCUCUGUCAAGUACAAGGAUUACUUCAACAACAUCAACAACGCAGCCCACAAUGGUGCAAGAGCCCAUCAUGGCAAACAGACCAGCGCCGACUCGACUCUAUCAAACUCGAAUAUCGAUCAUCUCGAGGAGCGACUCAAGGAUUUCAAUCUCAGGGAUGAACGGUCUGGCGAUACCGACGAUGCCUCUGCCCGGGCCAACGUUGCUGCUGGUGGCGAUACCCACUCUAAGAACUUUCAUGGUAACCUUGUCGACCUGCCCCUCUACCAGGACGACUUGAGCGAAUACAAGACUCCCCGUAGUGGCAUAAUGUCUCCAGGACUCCCUCACGUCCAAACACCUGGCCCUCCACCAUUGAAGGAUUCGAGCGGCUCAAACCGACAAUCAGACCCCUACGCUCAGUAUGGACCACCUCCCUCGAUGCCCCAUCAGUAUCAGCAACACCAAGAAAAGCCCUCUAGUUUCAGGUCUUUGAGCAGAGCCAACAGCCAUUAUUCACAGGACGAAGGCUCACAAUCCUCAUCGGCUGCAGGCAGUUCAGCAGGAUUCUCGUCCCUCUUUAGCGGCAAGCGCAAGAAGCCCAAGAACAACAUUACUAAGACCAAUUCGACAUUUGUCUCCAAGAUUACAACUAACGAGAACUUGGCCAAGAUCCUGGCGAACCGAGUGAACGAGGAUCUCUACAUCUUCUGGAACACAGGAAGGACCUUUACCUGGAGCGACUUGAACCAGAAACCAAAUGAACCAUUGUCACACAUCGCCUUCUCAAAAUCCUUCCCGACUUCACACGAUGUCAACGUCUUGACAAGGAGCUGCGACCAUCUGGAUGUGAUCAUUGGCUUCUCAACUGGCGAUAUCAUGUGGUUUGAUCCUCUCUGCAACAAGUAUUACCGACUCAACAAGCAGGGUAUUAUCAAGGACAGCCCGGUGACGAUGAUCAAGUGGCUCCCUGGAUCGGAGAGUCAGUUUAUGGUUGCGUUCCAGGAUGGAAGUAUGGUGAUCAUGGACAAAGAGAGAGACGAUCAGCAAUUCACGGCCCAUCCUCCUACCAGUGACACAAUGUUUCAUGUUACCCAUCCAAAACACGGCAAGCAUAACCCCAUUUCUCACUGGCAGGUCAGCAAGAAGCCUCUCACAGCGUUUGCUUUCUCCCCGGAUCUUCAACAUGUGGCGGUGGUUGCGAUGGACGGAGCAUUGCGGAUAAUUGAUUUCCACCAGGAAAGGUUGCUGGACACCUUUUCCGCCUACUUUGGAGCCCUUACUUGUGUCUGCUGGAGUCCGGAUGGAAAAUACAUCUUGACUGGAGGUCAGGAUGAUCUGGUGACGAUUUGGUCGUUCAAGGACCAACGCAUCGUGGCACGCUGUCAGGGACAUCAGUCCUAUGUCACAGGAGUUGCCUUUGACCCAUGGAGAUGCGACGAACGCAACUAUAGAUUCGGAAGUGUUGGCGAAGACGCCAAGCUUCUGCUCUGGGACUUUAGUGUCGGCGCACUUCACAAGCCCAAGGCUGCUGUGAUGCAGAGGAGAGGAAGUACGGCGACGGUCUCAGGAAUGGCAGCGGCGGCAGGAGGAUCUGGAAGUUACAAGCCGGGACAUGGCAAGAAGGGAAGCAUCAACAGUUUACGCGGUAUUGGCGGUCACAGCUUGUUCUCGGGACAUCACCCUAACAAGUCGUCAGUCUCACAGGUGGUAGCACCCGUCAUCGCGGAGGAACCAGCGUUAGAACAUGCCAACGGAAACGGCGACACUUUAUCGACGACAUCCUCAACCCGGCAUAGCAGCGUGCACGAGAAUGGUAGCUCCCAACAACAUCCUCGUCAGCCUUCGCACGUCAAGGACGCUGAGAAUGUAUCAAUUGGAGAUGCGUCUUCAACUCGCUCGUCGGGCCAUUCAUCGAUCUUGACGUCGGAUGGUGGUAACGGUGGGCGCGCAGCUUCUACCCUUGGCGUUGUUUCGGGAGCAGCAUCAACCAUGAGUUCGGCAACCGCCGUUACUUCACAGGAGACUGUCGAUGCAGGUUCAUCGAGCCCCGUGUACAAGAAAGUCGCCCACGCUCGUACACUGCCCCACCUCAGCCUUAAACUCACCAACUCGUUCAACUCUGACAACAGUAACGGGCAACAUCAAGAUGACCGUCAAUCGCUAAAAUCGGGACAUGGAUUUUCGUCGCUCUUCCGUCAUCAGCACAAGGCUCAUGGAGGAGUAGCGCAGGGUAUGCAGGCGGUUAGACCUCCCGAGCCUCGGUCGCAUGUGGCCAUGUUACAACCUCUGAUGGCGAAGGGGAUCCAUCAGGAACCGUUGGCGGGGGUUACGUUUCGUGAAGAUGCUAUCAUGACGAGUGAUCGACGCGGGCAUGUUAAGGUCUGGAAGCGGCCUCCUCCGCUUCCUCACCAACAGCCACCACCACCAGCGCAGCAGUCCUAG